AUGCACCGGGCGAUGCACCAGGUGAUGCUCGACGAGCUCUCCAACUACGAGCUGCUCGGCCGGAGGCACACACACGCACGGCACACGCACGAGGUGCGCAUGUUCGAGGGGGAGGUGGAGCUGGCGAGGGACGAGCUGCGUGAGGCGCAGCGGCAGAACGAGCAGCUGCAGCAGGGGUCCGCGGGGAUGGAGGAGCUGCUGCAGCGACUCGCGAGGGCGGAGAUCGACUUCCACUCCCGCCGCCUCGAGGCGCCCCCCGCCGAGCAGACGACGCGGCAGGCCAAGGCGACGCACGAUCUGUGGAACCGUCGCGGGCGCGAGACGAACCCGGGCGUGAUGGAGGGCGGGCUGACGGUGGAGGGGCGCGCGCUGACCCGCGUGGCGUGGCUGUACUUCCGACAGGCGUCCGAGGUGUUGCGCCAGCGGCGCGCUGCGGCCGAGGCGAGCACACGGCGGGCCUCGGGCCUGGGCAGCGGCGGCGGGCCGAACCUGGAGCUGCUCCGGCUCGAGUACCAGUCGCUCGUCUCGGCGGCAAACAUGACGCGCAAGCUCGACGAGGAGGCUGCUGUCGCCGAGUACUCCGAGAUCCAGACGAGCGCGGUGCUGCUCGAGCACGCGGGGGCGGACGAGGGGCUGCGCAAGGUGCUCUCCGAGGCGCGUCGCCACCUCGCCAAGGCCGAGGAGAUGCAGCGCGAGGCGCAGGCGAGGCACACUCUCGCGCACUCUCUGCCGUCGGCGCCGAGCAGCCGCGCGCUCCGUGCGAGCUCGGUGGCGGAGCCGAGGCUGCCCGGCCCCCUCUCGCUCACCCUCUCGCCGCUCCGCCCCGGCGCCAUCGGCCUGGCGCACGAGGCGGGCAAGGCGUCGUACCGGGUCGGCCUCGAGAGCGCCGCCCUCUCUCGCGUGGCGGAGCACGGCCUCGCCGCUUUCGGCCGCAUCACGCCGCUCCACCCCGUGGCGGCGGGCGAAGGCGCGUGGGCUGCCGCCGCGCCUGCAGAGGCGACGCUCUUCGCGUGGGCCUUCCCUCUCGCCGGCGCCCGCGGCACCGGACUGGUGCCUCAGUCAGACGAGGAGCGUUUCGUCGUCUUCGGCGGCUUUGUCUACUUUGACGGCCUCUCGCGCGUCUGCGGCGUCCGCGCCGCCUCCCCGGGGGUCGGUCUCGCCUUCGACGGGCCGAACUCGCUGCUCGACGAGCUGAGCCAUGGCGCGCGGGUGCGCGAGGUGCUGCUCGAGCGCGGGCUGUGCAACCCCGCCUCGCUGCCGUCUCUCCGCGACUGCGGCGUCGACGAGCACUGGUGGCUCGCGCCGGGCCAGCAGAUCGCCGACGAGGACGGGUCCGCCUGGCCGCACGGCGCGUUCGUCUGCCUGUACGCGGAGCCGUCUGCGCACCUCGACUGCUUCUUCGCGUGCCGUCCUCCAAGCUGAUGGUGAUGCGUCUGUGAGAUGAGUAUUACGCAGGACGCAGGUAUGAAACAUCUCUGUGAAAACAUGU